AUGAAUAAAAUAUGUUACACUUAACCAGCAAAUCUUAGUGAAUCUUUAAACUUGAAUUAAAGUGAUGUAUUUUAUACUAAAGAUUGCAUGAGCAAAGUCAUGCUGAAUAACUCUACACGCUCAGAAUAAAAGAUAAACAACCUCGAAUAAAAAUCAUUUAACUAAGCCUUCUAAGAUUCUUAACUUAAGAUAUUAGCAACAGAUAAGCAAGAUCUAUAAUAGCAAAUUUCCAGUAAGAUUCAAUACAUAAGAAAUAAUAUUUAAGAUCAACACAAAAAGAAUCUUAAUCAGAAGGUUUAUAGUAUUUUGUAUGGAACUUUGCCUUCUUAGGAUACAAAGAAAGGUAACUAAUAAAGUAAAAAGGAAGCCAAACAAAAUGAUUUAUAGGAAAUCAAUCAAGCUAAAUUGAUAAACCAAUACAAUUAGCAGUACCAAUAAUAAAAUUCUGAGUAAAUAUUUAUAUCAAAAAAAAGGUAAGUUGAGUAAGUUUAGCUUCCUGUAAUAUAGACUAGAAGUUAAUUGCUAAUGCAAAAACUUCUUGAUAAGUAAAAUAGAUAAAAAAGGUCAAUAUCUCACAAUGUUAAUAAUGACUACAACCAAAAUAAUGAAAACAUGCAAACCAAAAAAUGUAAUACUUCUUUCCUUCAAAUGCAAUAAUAAAACCAACUAAAUAUCUUUCCUUAAAGAAUCAUCGAUAAGAUUUAAGAUAAAUGCGGUUACAUAGUUUUCAAUCAAAAAAUUUAGUCAUCAUCAUCAUAGGGUGAAUACCUCUCAAACGAAUAGUAAGAAAACCAAAAAAACUUGUUAAAUUUAUAAGAUAAUUCUUAAUACUAAGUUGACCAUUAAGAUAAGUUGUUGGAAAUUUAAUUAAACUAAAAUGAAUUAGCAAUUGAUUAAAUAAUUUCUAAUUAAAGAAACACAAAUACUAAAAAAUACAUCCAUAAGAAGGCCUAUUACAAUUCUUAAAUUAAGCCAUACAAAAACCAAAAAACUAAUGAAAAUGUUAUCAAAUUAAAGAGCUUUACUUAAGGGAUAGAUAAUUUUUAAUAUAGUAAGUAAACAUCUAAAACCCCUCCUAAAAGUUCUGAAUUAAUUUAGGAAUAGCUAGAAAACAUUCAAAAAAACUAAGAAAAUGAAAACUUAUUAGUUCCAUAAAGAGAAUAAAAUCACAGCAAUACAGAAAAGCUUUUAAAUGAGGUAAGGUCAUAGAGUCCCAACCUAUCUUCUAUUAUUUAGAUAGAGUUUCCUGAAAUUAAAUCAAAAAUAACUGAAGCUAAUGAAAACAAAUUAACAAAGACUCCUCUUAGAAAUAAUGUGAUAGCAAAAAAAAUCAAUCAAUAAAAUAAACAAAAUAAUCUGAAUAAUAAUAAUAAUAAUUAGGAAGAAGAAUAAUUGGGAAAAUAAAAAAUGAGUUCUCCAAAUGAAAAAAGUAGGGUUGUUUCUCCCUUUUGUCUAUAUCCAGUUCUGAUCAAUGAGUAAAAUGGAGGAGUUGGUGAUUCUGAAGAAACAAACUAAAAUAAAAGUGCUUCAAAAAGUUAAAGCAGGGUUAGAAUAAAAAGAGGUACAGAACAAAUUCACUUAAAAGAGGCCUUUAGUCCUAAACAAAGAAGUACUCCACAUAGUAGAAGAAAUAAAGCACUGAAUAAUGAAUUUAGCAGAUCUCCAAAAAGUAAAAAUAACAUAACACCAUCUAAUAAUAUAACGAGUAAUAACUUAAAUCUUAAAUCUGAUCAAAGUCCUUCAAAUAUAAUCAAUAUAUAAUUUGAUAAGAAUUUAAGUCAAUCUUCAAUAGAAUCUUCAGAAGUAUAUAACUUUAAUGGGAUAAAGCCAAAGCAAAUUUAACAAGUAAAAUAAGAUUUGAAACAAAAUUAACAGGGUGAGAAAAAAAAAUAUUUUUCAAGUAACACAGAAAGAAAUAAUAUUUAUAACAACAAUAAAUAAAUCGAUAAAAAAUUAAAUGAUUCAGAAACAGCCCAAUAAAACUUAGAAUUUCAAUUGAAAGAGAGGACUCUGGAAAAAAAUAAUACUUUUAAAAAGCCUUCAAACUAAGUUAUAGUUUACAGCAGCCUUAGAAAGUCUUAUAGCUAAUAAAAAAUAUAGCAAUAGUAAAGUGAUUAAAACCAAUUAAAUAGCAGUGAGAAUUGCAUUAAAAAGGUCAAAUUAUUUUUUAAACAAAAUAACUAAAUUUAAAAUAACCUUACACUGUAGUAAAAGUAGAACUAAGAAUUAAUAAAGAAUAUCUAAGAUUCAACAGGGCAUAACUUAGAUUUAACAAAAAAUAAUAACUUAGAUUCAGCAAAGCAUAAUAACUUAGAUUCAACAAAACAUAAUAACAUAGAUUCGAAAAGAACAAAUUAAGAUUCAACUAAAAAUUAAUAUUAAACAAAACUAAAAAACGAAAAGAAAUUACUUUAAGUGUAAGACCGUUCCAUAAUAUCUUCAGUAAUUUUCUAAGAAGAAAAAUAACUAGAUAUUUCAAACAAAAGCAAAAGUAUACCCAUAAUGCCAAAUGAAUUGUACCAAAAAUAAAAAUUAGAUAAAAAAAGUGAUUUAACCAUAAAAGAGAUCAGUUUCCAGAAGCUACCUUUAAGUGAAAAAUGUCAAUAGAAUUCACCUAAUUAUUUAGCCUAUAAAAAUAGUCAAUUAUAAAAUAAAUAGAUAACUUCAAUAAAUUUAAUAACUUAACAAGAUGUUUAGUCAUCUAUUUGCUUCGAUAAGUAUUAAAUUAAUAACACUACUCCUGAUUUAAAUUUAGAAAAAAAGAAAAUAAAAUAAUUGUAAAAAAGACAUAAAAAGCUAGAUACUUCUAAAUCUAAAUAAAUAAAUGAUUUUAACAACUUAGAUCCAUGGGAAAUAGAAUAAUGUCAGGAUAAUUAUCUAUUUAGCUACUAUAAUUAAAAGUUUUGUAAUGAAUAAUUAUGA